ACCACUGCCGGUUUCAUUCACCUAUAUGAUCUCGAAACUGGCACAUGCAUCUACAUGAACCGUAUCAGCGGCGAAACUGUCUUCGUUACUGCAGAACAUGAGGCCACUAACGGUAUUAUCGGGGUUAAUAAGCAGGGCCCGGUGUUGAGUGUGAGCGCUGACGAGCAGACCGUCAUCCCUUACAUUCUUACCAUUCUGAACAACACCGAGCUGGUGGUCAAAUUAGCUAGCCGGGCAAAUUUACCUGGUGCUGACGAGCUGUAUGUUCAGCAGUAUCAGCAGCUUUUCGCCUCCGGCCAAUAUAGUGAAGCUGCCAAGAUUGCGGCCAAUUCGCCAAGAGUGAGCGAUAAUUCGACACUCUUAUGUUGUUACACACUGACGAUUGCUCUCAGGGCAUUCUUCAUACACCGCAAACCAUAG